UUUCUUCGCACGUCUGGGCCUCUCAUGACGUCAAAUCAUGCUCAUCGUGAAAAAGUUUUGGAGUAUUUUUGGAAUUUUUCAAUCAAGUGAAAGUUUAUGAAAUUAAUUUUCCUGCUUUUGCUUUUUGGGGUUUCCCCUAUUGUUUGUCAAGAUUUCGAGGACGGCGUUUUUCUUGCUAAAAUCACAAGUAUUGAUGAGCACGAUGCAAGAAAGAUCGGAAGAAGGUUUGGGUUUGAGGCUCAGUGGAAGCUUCAAUCAUACACCGAUGUGUACGUUGGUCGCCGACUUCGUCGUCGAAAGCGUGGAAUUGAAGAUGAGAUUGUGGCGGAGAUGAUGCUAAGUCAACAAGUGCAAUUUAUUGAAAAACUUCAAGGAUUUAGAAGAUACAAAAGAGCACCCAUGACAAACAAAGGAUAUCCUGUUCAUGUGUGGAACCUAACACCUUCACUUUACAUCCGGGAAGCUUGGGAAGAUGGGUUCAACGCAAGCCGGGUUACUGUAGCAGUGGUGGAUGAUGGUGUUGAUAUCAAACACGUUGAUUUGAAGAGUGCAUUCUCUCCGCGCGUUUCCUUUGAUUUUGUGCGAUUCGGCGAUCUGCCAACACCGAAAAAUUCUAAAGAGUUUGAGCAUGGAACCCAAUGUGCUGGAUUGGUAGCAAUGGAAGGACAACAAUGCGGCCUUGGUGUAGGUCAUGGUGCAACACUGGGUGCUAUAAAGCUUUUGGGUCAGGACUUCUUGAACGACGCGUUGGAAGGAGAUGCCUUGGCAUUUCAGAAAGACUUGAUUGACAUCUACUCAGUCAGCUGGGGACCCAAAGACGAUGGUAAAAGUGCGGAGAAGCCGGCAAAGUUCACAGAAGAAGCUAUUAAGAAUGGAGCAUUGCACGGAAGAAAUGGAAAAGGAAACAUAUUUGUGUGGGCGAGUGGUAAUGGUGGAGUCAAUGGGGAUAAUUGUGCAUAUGAUGGGUAUGUUAGCAAUGAGUAUACGCUGAGCUUUGGAGUCAUUGAUGCGAGUGGAGCACCUGCUGCAUACGGAGAAGGAUGUUCGUCGGUUCUUGCAGCAGUUUCUGGUGGGGAUGCAAUGAUUCAAACCACUGGCCUAGAAUCCACGUGUUCCUCAAUAUCCGGAUCGUCGGCUUCUGCGGCAAUUGCAUCAGGAAUCAUUUCAUUGGUAUUGGAUGCUAAUCCCACACUAUCCCAACGUGACAUUCAACACCUCAUUGCUCGCACCUCCAAUGCAAGUGCAAUCCGUGACGUGGAAUUGUAUGAAAAUUCUGCUGGCCUAAAUUUCCACCCAAAAGUUGGAUUCGGUCUACUGAAUGCACAGAAACUCGUGGUAAUGGCUGCCACGUGGGAGAAUGUGGCACCUCAAGUGACUUGCGAGAAAAUGAAUCUAGCGAAUGGAAUAAUCGAUAAUUCGGAUUGUGACGUCACAAAAGUAGAACGUGUAAUUGUCUCCGGAUCUAUCAUCCAUCCACAUCGAGGACAAGUUCAAAUCAGAUUGGAAUCGCCACGGGGCACAAUCUCCGAACUGCUUCCACUUCGUCCCAAAGACACAUCGCGAGAUCUUCUCGACUGGAACUUUGUAUCCGUCAACUUUUUUGGAGAGAAUUCACGUGGUAUCUGGAAGUUGCAUGUGACAAGUGAAGAGGAUGACGUGGAUUUCAGAGUUGAGAUGAAAAUGUUCAAAGUGGUGGGAACAAUGUCAUAAACGACUGCUAAAACACUGUAUUUAAAAGACUGAAUUUAGCAAAAUACUGCCAAUAAAUAUACAAUAAAUAAUUGAAACAUUAAAAAUA